AUGAUUAAAUACUAUUGGUUUCGUUCUUCGCUUAUACGACGUCACCUAUCUGUCGAAAUGGUGGUUCGGCUUAAUCUUUCUCGUUUUCGAUUGAGCACUCUCUUACAGAUGAAUGAUAUUCCCUAUUCCGUAAUCUUGUUCAGAGGCAAACCCACUCAGGCCCAUUUGCGGAAUGUCUAUAGCUUACUAUCAAUUGGGUUGAUGUGUGCAUUUGGAGGAGCAUAUUUGCUCUUGACUACGUCCUUGGUAAAGUUUAUGUCUGGUGGCUUUCUGUUUCUCUCGCUCCUCCUCUCGCUCGCGUCUGUUAUGUACAUUUAUUUCACCGAACACAAGCAGGACAAUCUCUUUAAGCGGAUUUCUGCUUUCCUGGUGUUUGCCACUCUCACAGUGUUAUUGCCCUCGGAAUGA